AUGGGUAAGUCAGGAAAGGGAACAGGGUCAUUCGGUCUCUGUAACAGCACUACCCACACUCUGUGCCUCAGAUGCGGAAACCGCUCGUUUCAUAGUACGAAAAAAAGAUGCGCCUCGUGCGGAUACCCUGAUGCAAAGACCCGCCACUAUAACUGGUCGUUCAAGGCAAAGAGAAGGAAAACAGUGGGAACGGGAAGAUGCAGAUACCUGAAGACAAUGCCAAGGCGCUUUAAGAACAAGUUCCGCGAAGGAACGAAACCACCCUCCAAAAAGUGA